AUAUUCUUUCGUAGCCUUAAUCGAUCGAAGUAUACGUAAUCUAUAAAAGUAUUUGAUAUAUUUACUUUAUAUUCUCAAAACACAUUUGAUUCCCCGACAACCUUUUGAACUGUUGAAUGCGUAAAGUUGAAUCCAGAGUGAUAGUGAUAACCGUUCGCUUUCUUCAUAUCAAUUUUAACUGUUUGCCCUUAUAAUUAUCAGGAAUUAAUGAUCUUUUCGAGUCUAUAUCUAAAAGUAUGGUUAUGUUGGGUCAUGGCUUGUGCAAUUUUUCGAUAAAUUACAGGAAAGUUUCUCAGUUAGUUAAAAGUGGCAGUAUCAUGGCUAGCAAUUACGAGAAGGCGGUUGAGACACUUAAUAAGUUGCAAAGUAAUGCGGAAUAUAUCAAACAAGCUAAAAUCAGGAACAAUCCUCAGAACAACUUACUGGAAAUGGAAAAAUUCCUCAAUAGGUCAGGACUAUAUUUUGACCAGUUGGACAAACUACCCGUUAUUCACAUUACCGGAACGAAUGGCAAAGGAACAACAUGUUCCUACUGUGAAAACAUUUUGCGUAAUCACGGAUACAAAACGGGAUUUUUUUCCUCUCCUCAUUUGAUUGAAGUGCGUGAAAGAAUCAGAUUGAAUGGAAUACCGAUUUCUCAGGAUGAUUUUGCGAAACAUUUUUGGAGAAUUUAUAAUCAACUGGACAAAGUCAAGAGCGCUUCCUAUGAUAUGCCGCUAUAUUUUCGAUUUCUAACAUUGAUGGCUCUUCACAUUUUCAUCUCAGCGCAAGUGGAUGUUGCUAUAUUAGAAGUUGGAAUUGGAGGCGAAUAUGAUUGCACCAACAUAGUAAGAAAAACCUUGGUUGCUGGUAUAACGCCUUUAGAUAUAGACCAUACGUUGUUAUUGGGCAACAGCAUAGAAUCCAUUGCAUGGAACAAGGCAGGAAUAAUGAAACCUAACGCGGAAGUUUUCUGUGUUCAGCAACCAGAGGCUGCAAUGAAAGUUCUUAAAGACAGAAGUAAAGAACGCAAAUGUAACUUUCAUGUCGUUGAAGACCACUACACAUAUAAUAAAGUUUCCAGAAUACCUUUACAUGUUUUGCGAACCAACGCUAGCUUGUCACUUUCUAUUAGCGAAGCUUUUAUGAAACUGCGACCUAAUCAUAACAAAUUUAAUUUAGAGAUGGCAAAACAAUCUAUAGAACAUACACAAUGGCCUGGUCGUUAUGAAAUAAUUCCCAGGAAUAAUUCAGUGUUUUAUUUAGAUGGCGCCCAUACGGAAGACAGUAUGCAAGUUUGCUCGGAUUGGUUUCUUUCGAAAACAGGCCAAGACAACAGGAAACGAGUUCUGAUAUUUAACGUGAUUGGGCAAAGAGAUCCCGAAAAACUGUUGAUUAUACUACUAAAAUGUGAUUUUGAUAUUGCCAUUUUUACGACGAACAACUUUGACGAUGAUUAUCUGAAAAACGCUGUUAAUAAGAAUACUGCGGACAAUAAGGAUGUAAUCAACCCAGCUCCCUACCACAAAGAACGUUGCAGCGAAAAUGCAAAAGUGUGGCAAUAUUUGAACUCUAGCGCUACGGUCCAUAUGUUUGAGAGUUUUCCUCAAGCUGUAAAGUUUUUAGAGAACCAUACCGAUACACAGUUUAACGUGCUAGUGACCGGCUCAAUACAUCUCUUAGGCGCUGCGUUGUUUGUAUUAGACCGCACGUUGAAAGGACUGUUAUAAAACAGAAGAUGUAAUUAAGUUAAGUUUGGAAUAUACAUAUUAUAAUUGUUU